AUGGACGAGUCCGCCGCCGCCGAAGUAAUCUUCUUCUCCUUGUUUGUUCUUCUUCUUACAGGGAUGCAAUCGAAAGAGGCUGUCGAGAGAUGUCGCUUCGACGAAGCCGCUAAGGGAUUUGACGUUUCGGUUCCUGAGAAUUGUAUGGUGAGGGAACAUGUGCUUUGUCUGGAGGGAAUGUUGAGAGAUCACUUCUCUUCAUGUGGAAAGAUCAAGUCCGUUUGUAUUCCUCAUGCCUAUGAUGACUCUACCAUCAAAAGAUGUGCUUACAUAGAAAUUUCUGGAAAGGGCUCGGAAGAGGAGGCGCUGAAGCUUAGUGGAAGUGAGAUGGAUGGGCAAAAACUAGUUGUUACUCGGCCAUCGCGCCCCAUGAAAAAAGCUCGUAGAAAGUCUUUAAAAUCUGAUCGAUACGGCAGGAGCAAAUCGGUUAUUGUUAGGGGAUAUGACAGCUCGCUUCCUAGGAAGAUUAUCAAGAGCGCGUUGGGUAAACACUUCUCUUCGUGUGGAGAGGUCUUGGAGGUGGCCUUAUUACCCAAUCAAUCUUACCCAAAGGAACCCGAGUUCGUGGCUUCUUCCUGUCAAUACGCCUAUGUUUCCAUUUAUGGAAAAUGCGCAAAGGACAAGGCCCUGGAACUUACAGGAAGUGACAUGGGAGGCUUCAAACUUGUUGUAGAAAAGUCGGGUUGUCACAAACGCCAAGCGGGAGACAAACCCCUGCGUAUCCUUGGCUGUCCUCCACCCUCAAAGUAUUUUACCAAGACCUUGAAGACCAAGGAGAACCCGAACACUAACAAGAGGAAGGAGAACCCGAACCCAAACAGUAACGAGAAGAAGAAGAAGAAGAAGAAGAGGAAGACUAGCAAGUAG